UUUUAGCAAGAGUGAGAGAGCUUAAAAGAGAUGGUGAGAAAAUGCAAGAGAGAGAGAGAGAAAGGCUGCGUGUGUGAGAGAGGAAGAUGCUGUUGCCAGGGAACAGCGGUGAAGUAGAAACGUCCAUCUUUUCCAGCUCAUGGCUGAAGGAGGAUUAAAAAACAUACUGUCAAAUCAUGGAUGCGAAAUUGACUGAACUUGAAGAGGAAGAAAACAGCUGAUCCAGACAAAGAGAAUCAAAGAGAAGGAGGACGCGAUUUCUCCAUCAUCGUCUUUUUGAAGCAGCAAGAGUCAUCACGCAGCCUUGAACCUGAGCACACGAGUGUCCUACCUGCAGAUGUAAACAUUCAACAGAAACAGAGCCUCACUCUGCUCAGGCAGAUUUCAGGAAGGAAGAGAAGCAGCAACAAGCAAAGUAGGGAAGCCUUCGAUUCAGUGAAGAGGAAGGCUUCCUGGUUACAUUAUAGAGCUGACGCCUGUCCUCCCUGGCAGAGGAUGGGUACAGCAGAAGCCACUUUACGCAUGGACAGCAUGGAGGUUAAGGACGAGUGGCAGGAUGAGGACUUCCCGAGGCCACUUCCAGAGGAUGGAGAUGGCCUCACUGACAACAGAACAAAUCCUCCAACCUCCCUAAACGUCGGCGAGUCUGUUGCCCAGCGUAAACGCCGCACUCUGGUCGCCCCUGACAUGAACCUCUCCUUGGAUCAGAGCGAGGGUUCAGUGCUCUCUGAUGAUUUCCUGGAAACACCAGACGACCUGGACAUCAACGUUGAUGACAUUGAGACUCCCGAUGAGACAGACUCGCUGGAGUUCAUCAACAAUGGCAAUGAGCUGGAGUGGGAAGACGACACUCCUGUGGCCACUGCCAAGCGUCUUCCAGGUGAAGGUGAAGAAGAGAGAGACUCAUCAGGUCGUCUUUGGAGAACAGUAAUCAUCGGUGAUCAGGAGCAGAGGAUUGACAUGCAGGUUAUCAGACCCUACCUGAGGGUGGUCACACAUGGGGGUUAUUAUGGUGAAGGUCUGAAUGCAAUCAUUGUGUUUGCAGCCUGCUACCUUCCUGAUAGCAGCUGUGAAGACUACACAUACAUUAUGGAGAAUCUCUUCCUAUAUGUUGUGAGCAGCCUGGAGCUGCUGGUGGCAGAAGAUUACAUGAUUAUUUACCUGAAUGGGGCGACUCCUCGCAGGAAGAUGCCUGGCAUCAGCUGGCUGAAGAGAUGCUACCAGAUGAUUGACAGAAAACUGAGGAAGAAUCUCAAGUGUCUCAUCAUCGCUCACCCAACAUGGUUUAUACGGACCGUUCUGGCCAUUUCAAGACCUUUCAUCAGUGUGAAGUUCCUGGAUAAGAUCCGUUACAUUCACACCCUGGAUGAACUCAGCCAGAUCAUCCCCAUGGAGCAUGUGCAGAUACCUGAGUGUGUGUUGCAGUAUGAUGAAGAGAAGAUAAGGGCACAGAGGGAGAGGCUGGAGCAAGAGCAGAAUCAGAACAACUCAACACAGCCCAAAGAAAGGCCGAAGUCAAUGAUAGCAGACGUUGGCCGUGACAUCUGACAUUAAGCUUUACGCCGAAGAACCAGUGGGAAUCGUUCUUUCAUUAAAAUGGGAGCCAGCCUAAACCAACAUCACAAACCUGUUCAUGGGACUAAAUCUGCUUAAUGGACUCAUUACCUGCAAGACAAUCAUUUCUCAGAUACAUUAUCAUCAGUGUCAUGCCUGCUUCUUACUUAAAGUUAAACCAAAGUAUUACAAGACAAAGCUAAAUGAAAAGCUAUCAGCUCCCUGCAUGUCACCUUGAGCUUUAUCUACAGCAUGACUUCAAAUAGAAACAAAUUAGGGACUUGAAGACUCAAGCUUCUUCAGACCAACUUCAGACUGUAAAUACUUGUACAUAUAUUUUUGAGAGGUGUUUGCACAUGUUAAGUUUUUGAUAUGAGAGGCAUGGGUGUUGUUCAAUUUCAUGAAAAAAAGUGCAAUGAUAUUGUUCUUCGAUCUCCAGUAGAUGUUACUGAUGCAAAUGUGUCAACAGUUCUCCAGAGUUUGAUAUGCAGGUGGCAUGCUUGUUUCAAUCCUUCUGUCUCUGUCGGUUUUUAAGUCGUUUGCCAUCAUGUUUUAAAGCUACUUUUACAAGGAGAACAGCUAAAAUUGUUAUAUCUAAAAAUAUAUAUUUAAGGAGAGAGUCGGAUUAUAGGCUUAAACUAUUAUUUAUGAAAAUGUGCCAUUUACUGUUUGUAAAAAAAAACAAAAUAAAUGAGUGAACUAUGA